AUGCUGACUCAACUGAAGAAGGAGUCGCUGUUCAAUGAUGGUGGUCGGAAUGGUAGUGGUGAGAACCAAAAUGAUGAGGAUAUGGAUGUUUUGGAGUCCGAUUUGUUGAAUGAUUUCUUGUUUAAAGCUGGUGAUGGAAGGGCUAGUAAUACAGGUGCAAAUGGUCGUAAGGGAGAAGGUGAAGAAGAGGAUGCGAUUUUCGAUGCUUUUAUCAAUACUGACUCGUUAGAGGGAGCUAGUACGGGGGCUACAUCCGGGGCAUUCCACGGCUUGGGACAGUCUAUGGGGUUCAAUGAAGAGGAUACAAGUUUUCAGGAACCGUCAUUUCUUAUGAGCUCAUCCCAAUUUAACGGACGGAUGAAUGCUAACGAUGGAUUGGUAUCCGACGGGAACUCCAGGUCUCCAACACCUAUCUCGGACUCUACAGGAUAUCACAAACAAUGUCAAGACACAGUUGAAAACUCUUUGGGUUUUGGAAGAAGUGAGGCAUUGCAAACGACGCCCGUGGAUCCUUUAGACUACAUUGAAGUAGAUGAGAAAACACUGCCCUAUAAAUUGACUGUUUCUGGACUGCCAGAAGUUUCGCGUGUCGAAAAUCAGAUUAAACUAACUUUUAAUAUCGAUCCAGCCAUGAAGCGAUGUAUGGUUCAUUUGCCUUCGGACUGUAUUGCAAGACAAAAAUUUUACUUGGAGAAAGAUGUCAAACAGUACCCUCAGGAAUUUCAGGAUCAGUUGAUCUAUGUCGAGGCGUUCUUGUUAUGCGCAAGUACCAAUAAAACCACGUAUGUCUGUGCAAGGUGUGUGAAGCGUGAACAUAGGAGAGCCUCUAGAAGGAAAUCGGGUCUCAGCGAUAACGUCCUCUGGUGUAACAACAACAAUAGAAGAGCGAUCAUCUUCAACAACAAACAAGUUUUCGUCACGAAGGAAACCGAUGAAAAGGACCGUUGUAAAGAAUUUGAUCUUACAGCGAGGAUCGUGUGCUAUUGUAGACAUCAUAAAUCUGCUGAAGGGUUUAAGAUACUAUUUGUGCUAAAGGACUCUAAGGGAGCAAUGCUGGCAAAGAGUUUUACCAAUUCGAUUGUCAUCAUGGAUAAGAAACCUUUGCCAAACUCAGCCAACUCUCCAAUAAUCGCACAAAGUGCUAGUAAUACGGAUUCGGGUUUGGAUACCGCAGCAGAGGUUUUUUCUACAGCAAACUCUAGUGAAGUGCCAACCAACACUUCGGCUAGUGAUCUUAACGGGAAUCAUGAUAUGACGUUCAAUUCGGGAAAAUAUUUUGCAAUGACAGACGUGUCUCCUCUUCAGGUGGAAAACAACAACGGAAGGUUGGCCCUACCGAAUGGACCAAUGCUUUCGCCAACUUCUAUGAGCGAUGGAGGCUCAGAGACACAUGGAUCGGUAGUGGAACAUAGAAGGGACUCACAACAGAUCGGUCCAGGUUCGACUCCAGCUGCAAUGGCCCGAACCGAGAACUAUCAAAGGAAAAGACCACGUAACGAGGUAGUGCCCGACAAUAACAUGAUUACGCGAAGGACAUGGUCUAACUCGUCGUUGUCGAAUUCAAGAAGCUCUUCAAGCUCCCAAAUCAUGACACAACCCUCUUCACAACUGUUGCGAACAAUGCCAGAUUUCCUGUCAGUCCCCAAUCCAAGCCAACCUUCUAUUCAACGUGUAAUUCCUGCGCAGGGUCCUAUCAAUGGUGGCAUAGAGAUCACUUUGCUAGGAACAAAGUUCAAGGAUGGUUUGUUGGUCAAGUUUGGUGAGAAUAUUGCUCUAUCCACUCAGUGCUGGAGCGAUACUACUAUGGUUACGUACUUGCCACCGGCCUCUUGUGCUGGGCAAGUCUUCGUGACAGUUUUGGAUCCUGAAGAUACAAACGCUCUCGAGACUCAUCCAAGUAACAAAUCAAUUUUCACUUACGUCGAUGAUACCGACAGGCAGCUUAUCGAGCUGGCUUUGCAGAUUGUGGGUCUGAAGAUGAACGGUAAAUUGGAGGAUGCUCGUAACAUCGCGAAGAGAAUUGUCGGUAACGAUGAUGGAUCUAGCUCACUGGACACUGCCAACAUAUCACCUGGAAACAGUUCAGGCGCAAACCAAAUGGCCAUGGACAAGUUGAAUACCCAGUCCGAUGAGUUAUUACUCGUGAAGGUUAUGAAAUCACUGCAUGUCAACUCUAACUUAUCGAUGUGUGACAGUUUGGGGCGCACAUUGCUACAUCUCGCAUCUUUGAAAGGCUAUAACAGUUUGUGCUCUACCUUGAUAAGAAACGGAGCCCGCGUGAAUGAUAAGGAUCUAUACGGCUUCACGCCUCUACAUUUCGCAUGCAUCGGUGGUGAUAUCAAAGUCAUUCGCUUACUGAUUGAAUGCAGGGCUGAUGCUUCGAUAAAGGCCUGCAACUCGGUUACUGCAAAAGAGCUAUUCAUGUGCAAUCACGGUCACAAAGUGACUGUUAGCCACUACUUCCAGGAAGUCGCAGAUCUCUUAGACGAUGUUGUCUCUCCAGAUAUGUUCAACGCUUCCAACAGAAAACUUUCGGAUUCAAGCUUCCAUUCUAGUGUAUUUGAGAAUGAGUCUCUCUGCUCGUUAGACAACGGUAAUAUGGCUCUCGGUACAAGGAGGGACGAAGAUCAUUCUGACUACGGUGAAAGUGAUUUUGAGGAAGAUGGAGAUGAAAGCUUGCUGACAGGUGAUGAGCCAGCAAUCGACAGUGAAAGUGCCGAAACUCAUCCGAGCCAUGAAGUUGGCCGUACCAAUUCAAUGGACAACUCGUUGCUGAACCGUAUGCUGCACUACCUGAACGAUGAUCUUCCCAAGUAUGAAGAUCUGUUCCCUGGAUUACACGAAAAUAGGGGAAGUAAACUACUCCCUAUUGAACUCGAGACUCACAGUGAGGAAGUUCGGAACACGUCUUUCACUGCUGAGGAGUCUCAAACUUCUUCAGAAGACGAAGAAGAUGCAUUGCAACUGAAAUUCAAUAGGUUCUUCCAACAAAGACAGAACUUUCAAAAUGACAAAAUGUUGCUAUUUUUUUGGCUACCACUUACAAUCGUGCUGUUAACGUGGUACGGUUUUUACAAAUUCGGACAGGAGGACGAUGUCGUUCACUACUUUACCAAAAUGGCCUCCGAAUACUUACGAGUAAUAUUUGCUAAAAUUUUGCUAGGAAAUGAGAGAAUGAAGACCGCAUUUAAGGAACAAUUGACACUAUUCCAGAAUACUGGUAUCUUAAAUGAUUUCAUAGUCGCUUGA